AUGACCUCUAAAAGCCUCAAACCUCGCCGUGUGUCACUGAAAUCUGCAUUUGGAAAACGGUACGACAAGAAUCACACACCGCCCGAUCACCUGCCGGAGCCCUUCGAAAGCAAUGACAAACCUCAAAGAGAUGCAAACUCGUCAAGACGCACCUCCAAUCGAGUAUCCAAGCAUCAGGCCAGCGAGAAGCACAACUCACCAAGCUCAAUUCUUGCAGACGGCUUUGCAGGCAAGAUGACUCUUUACCUCGACCAAUAUCGGAAUGACAUCCACAAUUCGGUGUCUAAGGAUCUGGAUGAUGUAGAAAAAGAGAUGUGCACCAGUCUUGCAGACUUGACAAACGACCUCGAUGACCACAUCGAAAGACUUCUCAAGGUAGAAGAACCUUUGCAAAAACCUUUCAACACGGAAACCCUGAGCAUCUGCACUAAUCCGGCCGGCGAACACGGUGAAGGGAAGCAACAGGAAGUUCUGCUACAAGAUCGAAUGGACGACUUUCGGAAGCUUCGAGAAGAUAAGGAGAAGACGUUGUGCAGACUCUGGGAUGAAUGGGAAGACAUACAGUUUCAACUCGUAGGGCUGGCAGCAGAGGUCCUUGGUCCGGACAUGCUGACCUUUGCACAAACCUCCGAAGAAGACAUGAAGCCAGGCCAAAAGGGGAGGCUCCAGGACGCGCUCCGCCUUGCUCAAAACGGCCCGCCGGACAAAGACAAUCAACAUGAGAGCCUUGAGCAAGACCUGGAAGUUUUCCAUGAGGAGAUGAAUCAAAUUACCACUAAAACCAAACGGACCGUGACAGAAAUGCAGCAGCAAUACACUGUACAGAAGAACAAGUUGUUUAAGGGUCUACACCGACAUAUAGAGCUCCUUGCUGCACUGUGA